CUCGGGACUGAGCCUGGGAGCAGGAAGCUGCCGGGGCAGCAGCAGGAGCAGGAGCAGCAGCAGCAGCCGCAGCAGCCACAGAAGCAGCAGCGGAGAAAGGAGGAACGCGAGAGGAACGCAGAGCAGGCUUCGUGCCGGGGCAAUGGAGAGCACCAUCGCCCCCUGGAAUCAAAGUACUAACACCUCUCUGGGUGUGAAUGAGCAGGGCUACAAGUGCAAGUUUGAUGAGGACUUUAAAUAUGUGCUGCUGCCUGUGUCCUAUGGCGUGGUUUGUGUGCUAGGCCUGUGUCUCAAUGCCCUGGCCCUCUAUGUUUUCCUGUGCCGGAUUAAGACAUGGAAUUCCACCACCACCUUUAUGUUCAACCUCGCCAUAUCUGACACUCUCUACGUGGUCUCCUUGCCCCUCCUCAUCUACUACUAUUCCCAUGGUGACCAUUGGCCUUUCAGCGUGACCCUCUGCAAGCUGGUCCGAUUCCUGUUCUAUACCAACCUCUAUGGCAGCAUCCUCUUCCUGCUGUGUAUUAGCGUCCACCGCUUCCUGGGCAUCUGCUACCCUCUACAGUCCCUGCGCUGGGGCAACGUGCGCUAUGCUCGACGAGCGGCUGCUGUCGUGUGGAUCAUAGUGAUUGGCUGUCAGUCGCCCGUGUUAUACUUUGUUACCACCAGCAGCCGGGCUGAGGGGAUUACUUGCCAUGAUACAUCAUCCCGUAACUUGUUUGAUGACUUUGUGGCAUACAGCUCGGCCAUCCUUGUGUUGCUCUUUAUUGGGCCCUUCCUAAUUAUCCUGGUGUGCUACACACUGAUGGUACGGCAGCUUCUGCGACCUACAACAGGGCAGGCCCGUCUCUCUCGGUCUAAGCGCAAGUCCCUGCGGAUGAUUAUUCUGGUCUUGGUUGUCUUUUCUCUAUGCUUUCUCCCCUUCCAUGUCACCCGUACACUCUACUAUGCCUUUCGAUCUCUGGAUGUGGGUUGUUGGUCCCUCAAUGCUAUCAACAUAGCAUAUAAAGUCACUCGCCCACUUGCCAGUGCCAACAGCUUCCUGGACCCUGUGCUCUACUUCCUGGCUGGCCAGCGGUUUGUCAGGUUUGCCCGCCAUGUUCUGCCACCACCUGUAACUGGCAACAAGAUGGUGCUUCAAAAUCCCAGUACCCGGGACAGUGGGAGGACUGGAAGCACCCCAGGUAGCAGUGAGGACAACAAGGAUGCUCAGCUUUAGGGCCAGAGUUGACUCAUGCAUCUUAGUCCUAAGCCCUGCAUGUCCCCCAUACUCCAUUUGGGUGAGAAUGAGGGGCAGCCAAGAGAAGGGCUAUGGGCUGUUUAGGCACAAAGGAUGUGGAGACAGAGCAGGGUUUGUCCUUGGAAGCCAACCAAGGAAGACAAGAGGGAGGCGGACAUUUGACACCACCACCUGCACAGCUCCAGGAUAGACCCAUGACUGACUGGAUUGGACAUCCAGAGUUAGUGUCAGGAAGUAGAGAGGCUGCUGACUGGGAGAUUGGCACCCUGGGCUCUACCACUGUCUGGAUGGAUGAACUGGGACAGACCUCUAUAUCCCCUCUCAGCCUCAGUUUGCUCUGACUAAAAAGUAACCUGUUAGUACAUUUAAGGCUGGUGAAAGAUGGGAAAAAGUCCUUCUAUAUUUAAAACAUUAAGUGACUGUGGAUGUUUAACUAGGGGAAGAUUUGGGGUGGGAGGGAGAAAUACUCAUUGCCUUCAAAAAUCUAAAGAGCUGUCAUGGGGGUCAAGGAAUAGUCUUAGUCUUCUGUUCCUCAGAAGGUAGAACUUGGAGCAUGGUGGGAUAGGGAGUUAGGUAAAGACAAAUUUGGGUCCCCCAAAAGACCUAAUAAUAAUUUCUUAUGACUAGAGCUGUCCCAAAGUGCAAUGUACUGCCUCAGCAGAGUGAGUUCCCUCUCAUUGCAGGGCUUUAGAGAAAGGCUGGAUGAACACUUGUCUGGGGUGAUGUAGAAGGGAUUCUUGCCCAGGGACAGGUGGCACUAGGUGCCCUUUCAGGGCCUUUGUGGCAGUCAGUUUCAAUGAAUCUGUGAUGGGGUUGGACUCAGUGACCUCUCAGGCCCCUUCCAGUUCUGGUUUCAUGCUUCCAUGCCUCCCUUUUCUGGAUUCUCUUCCUCAAACAUAAUAAACCCAUAUUUUUUCUCCUUUUAAAAUUCAGGCACCUGGGACAAACCAGAAGCAAACUCCAGAGCCAAAGGCUGACAUUCUCCCCUCCCAAACCCUGGGAACAGGAGCAUGGCUUAAAGUAGCACAGAGCUCUUGGACUGACUUGACCUCAUGGGUCUGGUUGAGGGAGAAAAUAUUCAGUGAGAAGCUUGGUCCCGUUUUAUAGGUGGAGGAAACAGAGGCUUAGAAGAAAAUAGAGAAUGUCAGAGCUGGAAGGCUCCUUCAAAUGUAAAAUAUUAAAGCUGGAAAGGAUUUUAGAACUAAAAAAUCAAAUCCAACAACAGUUUAAGCACUUAACUAUGUUCAGGGUCCUGGGCUCCGUAUUAUUGAUACAAAAAUAGGAGCAAAGGAACUUUCUAGACUUUAUGCUUUAGGAACCCUUGCAGAGGGAGUGAGUGCUUUCAGCAGGCUGGGUGGGAGGGAGUGGAGUGGGUGGCAGAAAUGGAUUAGAGCAGGUCAGGGAAGGCAACCUUCACCUCCUUCAUCAUGGAGAUGAGUCUUGAAGUAAGAGGAUCACAACAUAUAGCAUCAGAGCUAUCAGGGAACUUCGAACAAAGUCCUCAAGCUGGAAGGGACCUUAGAGGCCAUCUGUUCAAACCUUUGAUUUUGCAGAUAGGGAAAACUCUUGGUCCAGAGAAGAUAAACAAGUUUCCCUAGGUCACACAAGGGUGUGUCAGAACCAGGAUUAGGACAGAAGACUCCUGACUCUGUCCGAGUUAUUAAAGUGAUUCUAGUCACGCUCCUCUCCUCUUACCCCCUCCUCCACCCCCAGCCUUGGGCACUUGUCCUGGAAUUUAAAGUGCCUCUUUCUUCUGCUGCUUCACCUCCCCCGUCUCCAGUCCCAUGAAAGACUCAGACGCAUCUGAGAGAGACCCUUUGUGUUCAGGAGUUUCCCAUUGAGGCAACACCUGUUGUCCUGUUCCCAGUUAUUGCUGUCUGCCUAUGAGGGAGGGGGAAGGGGAAGUCCAGAAGCCCUCAGGAGCGUGUGGGAAGGGGCACAGGAAGGGGAUCCUGGAGGGAUGGGUUUAUAUAUGAGACUUAACUCAUACUUUAUAAAGAGUGAAUUACUUUGGAGUCAC